AAUGACCUCUUUUAUUAUUACUUUCAAGGUCUCUGGGGAACAAGACUCAUGGAGGAAAGCAGCACUAACCGAGAGAAAUACCUUAAAAGUGUCCUGCGAGAACUGGCCACGUACCUCCUCUUUCUCAUCGUCUUGUGCGUCUUGACCUACGGGAUGAUGAGCUCCAGCGUGUACUACUACACCCGGACAAUGUCGCAGCUCUUCCUAGACACCCCAGUGUCCAAAACGGAGAAAGCUAACUUUAAAACUCUUUCUUCAAUGGAAGACUUCUGGAAGUUCACAGAAGGCGCCUUAUUGGAUGGGCUGUACUGGAAGGCGCAGCCCAGCAACAGAACCGAAGCCGACAACCGGAGCUUCAUCUACUGCGAGAACCUCCUGUUGGGGGUCCCGCGGGUACGGCAGCUCAGAGUCAGAAACGGGUCCUGUUCCAUUCCCCAGGACUUGAGAGACGAGAUUACCGAGUGCUACGACGUCUACUCUGUCAGCAGUGAAGACAGGGCUCCAUUUGGCCCAAGAAAUGGAACCGCUUGGAUCUACACAAGUGAAAAAGACUUGAAUGGGAGCAGCCACUGGGGAAUGAUUGCAACGUAUAGUGGAGCUGGCUACUACCUGGAUUUGUCAAGGACAAGAGAAGAAACAGCUGCUCAGGUUGCUAACCUCAAGAAAAAUGGCUGGCUGAACCGAGGAACCAGGGCAACUUUUAUUGACUUUUCAGUGUACAACGCCAACAUUAACCUGUUCUGUGUGAUCAGGUUACUGGUCGAAUUCCCGGCAACAGGCGGUGUGAUUCCAUCUUGGCAGUUUCAGCCCGUAAAGCUGAUCCGAUAUGUCACAACUUUCGAUUUCUUCCUGGCAGCCUGUGAGAUCAUCUUUUGCUUCUUUAUCCUUUACUAUGUGGUGGAAGAGAUACUGGAAAUUCGCAUUCACAGGCUACACUAUUUCAGGAGUUUCUGGAAUUGUCUGGAUGUGGUGAUCAUUGUGCUAUCCGUGAUAGCUAUAGGAAUUAACAUAUAUAGAGUAUCAAAUGUGGAGGUGCUACUGCAGUUUCUAGAAGAUCAAAAUACUUUCCCCAACUUUGAGAAUCUGGCGUACUGGCAAAUACAGUUCAACAACAUAGCAGCUGUCAUAGUAUUCUUUGUCUGGAUUAAGCUCUUCAAAUUCAUCAACUUUAACAGGACCAUGAGUCAGCUCUCCACAACCAUGUCUCGGUGCGCCAAAGAUCUCUUUGGCUUUGCGAUCAUGUUCUUCAUUAUUUUCUUAGCGUAUGCUCAGUUGGCAUACCUUGUCUUUGGCACUCAGGUUGAUGACUUCAGUACCUUCCAAGAGUGUAUCUUCACUCAGUUCCGUAUCAUUUUGGGUGAUAUCAACUUCGCAGAGAUUGAGGAAGCUAACCGAGUUUUGGGACCAAUUUAUUUCACUACAUUUGUGUUCUUUAUGUUCUUCAUUCUUUUGAAUAUGUUUUUGGCCAUCAUCAAUGAUACUUACUCUGAAGUUAAAUCUGAUUUGGCCCAGCAGAAAGCCGAAAUGGAACUGUCAGAUCUUAUCAGAAAGGGCUACCAUAAAGCCUUGGUCAAACUAAAGCUGAAGAAAAAUACUGUCGAUGACAUUUCAGAGAGUCUGCGGCAAGGAGGAGGCAAGUUAAAUUUUGAUGAACUUCGACAAGAUCUCAAAGGGAAGGGCCAUACUGAUGCAGAAAUUGAGGCAAUAUUCACAAAGUAUGACCAGGAUGGAGACCAAGAACUGACUGAGCAUGAGCAUCAGCAGAUGAGAGACGACUUGGAAAAAGAGAGGGACCUGGACUUGGAUCACAGCUCCUUACCACGUCCCAUGAGCAGCCGGAGUUUCCCCCGAAGUCUGGAUGACUCUGAGGAGGAUGACGAUGAAGACAGUGGGCACAGCUCCAGAAGGAGGGGAAGCAUCUCCAGUGGGGUUUCUUAUGAAGAGUUUCAAGUCCUCGUGAGACGGGUGGACCGGAUGGAGCACUCCAUCGGCAGCAUCGUGUCCAAGAUUGAUGCUGUGAUAGUGAAGCUGGAGAUCAUGGAGCGGGCCAAACUGAAGAGAAGGGAGGUGCUGGGAAGGCUGCUGGAUGGAGUGGCUGAGGAUGAAAGACUGGGUCGUGACAGUGAAAUCCACAGGGAGCAGAUGGAACGGCUAGUGCGGGAAGAGUUGGAGCGCUGGGAAUCCGAUGACGCAGCUUCCCAAAUAAGUCAUGGUUUAGGCACACCCGUGGGACUCAAUGGUCAGCCUCGUCCCAGAAGCUCCCGCCCUUCUUCCUCCCAGUCUACAGAAGGAAUGGAAGGCGGAGGUGGAAACGGGAGUUCCAAUAUGCAUGUGUAGGACGUGUUAGUGUGUGUGUCCUUAGUAGGCGAGAAGGUGGCUGUCCCGAAUUGCCAUAACAAGUACACUAUUUAUAUGCCCUGGCCACCGUAUGAUGCUGGUCUUUGUGACCAAUCGUUAAUUCUUCUGCACUUUAAUUUAUUUUAGCUAAAACUUUGCCCAUGGAUCAAAGAUUUCUUUUCUUUUUCUCAUAUAAGAAAUCUAGAUGUAAAUAUUGAGUACAGGAAACAAAAAACUUUGUAAAAUAUAUUGAGUGGUAUGCCCCCUUCUACGGUGACUGUCUCCUCAGCUGACAAUGAAGUAGCCUUUUAAAGCUAGCAAAGAACCGUCAAAAGGCUUCUGAGUUUUAUUUCCAAUCAUAAAAAUCAGUAUUGUCCUUUUUGCCGAGUGUGAGAAGGGAAAAUAGGGGCACUCCUUUCCACUCAGGCUGAGCUUGUGGGCUUAAUACAUAGCUUUCUUUUAAGAAAGGAGCCUUUUAUUUCAACUACCUUCCUGGGGUACACUUUUCUAAAAGAUGAGCUGGAAAAGAACCCCAAACCAUAGAAUGGGUAUGUAGUCAUUAUGCUAGAAUUUGUAUGAAUGGUUACGAUAAAUGUUGAACAAACAGUAUGCUUUUUUGUUAUUUUAUCAUAUCUGAUGCCUGUGGGUCUAACCAUUUCACUUAAUUUUUACACUAUUUUCACUCUCAUUUGACAUAAGCUCUAUGAAACCACCAAAGAUCAAUUAUGGGUCAAAGCGGCAUCUCUGACCAGAACAUAGGAGAAUUGGAAGGCGCCAAAUCACUAAAUUUGAUUUUUUCUAAUAAUUAGUUUAAUAUAAAGAUUUACCCAUAUAUUCUUUUUCCCAGGUGGCUCAACUUAUUUGCAACUAAAUUUAAUGUUGUAACUAAUCUAGGAAGACCAACUUACUAAAAUUUUUAGUAUGCACUGAAAGUUUUAACUCAGCAAAUAUGUUCAUUUUAAGUAAAAUUUUAAGGAAGUUUUGAAAUUCAUAUAAAACAUUAUAAAACUAAAAUUUGAGUUUUAGACUGUUUUAAGAAUACAGAACUCAAACUCUUGAGCCUGCAUUUCAAAACUAGAAAUUAUGACCUAAAUGGAGCUCCAUUUAAUGAAAAGGAGUUUUGGGUAUUGAAAGUUCAACCUUUAUCAGGAGGUAUCAACCAAAGUUUGAGUUUGCAUCAGUUUUGGUUUUGUUUUUUUUCCUUUUUUUUUUUUUGUUUUGUUUUUUUGUUUUUUUUUUUUUUUGGUUAGGAGAGGGGUUUACCAAAUUUAUGGGGAACAUAAUUUUAUUUCUCAACAAAAAAAUAAAAAUCUUAUUUCUCAAAACUGUUGAGUAACCUGACCUUUUGAGAGCUAAUGGGACAAGCAAGAGAGAAAGCAGUGCGGGUGAAUAACUUCCACUUGGAGAACAAGAGAAGAGAGGCCUGUUUCUAAUCCUGUAGUUUAAACUCUCACAGUUGUUCGUGUAAUUGAUUAGAACGUCAGUCAAAUCUUCAGUGAAAACAUGAGCAAACAAACCCUUCCAAGCUGGCUUCUGCAGAAGUGAUACGCAUGGGUUUCUGUAACCGUUACUUCCCCUGGCUUCAUCUCCAUCUUUACUUUCUUUUGAAUAUGCUACAGAGUUCUUUAUUACUCGGUACUGACGUUUGCAUUCCAGGGAUAUUGAGUGUACAUAUUUAUGUCUGUGUACCAUGUUGUUACAUGUAAACAAACUUCAAUUUGAAGUGCAGCCAUUAUGUGGUAUCCAUGUGUAUUGACCAAGUGCCAUAUAUCAGUUAUGGUCACUAGAAAGUCUUUUGAUGAUACUUAUUUUAUUAUACUGUUUUUCAUUUCACCUGUAAAAUUUUGCCAAAUUCUUUCUUUUUACCUGUGUGUUACAUACUUCUUUUCUUCUGUAGUCAUGGAGCAUUCCCUCCUCGUCCCUCCCCUGUCAUCUCCCUCUCUAUACUCAUAUUGUAAAGAGUAUCGUCACAUAUGCAAGUCUCUCAACAAUCGAGAACUUCAUUAAUGUGUAAUACUGAGCACUUUACUUCUUAAUAAAGACUUGAUAUAAUGGCAGA